GUCAAGUUGAAUCAGAGCAGAAGACUUUGGGUUUGUAGAGAAAAAGUGAGUGGUCAUGGAUCUUGGGUGGAUGGUGGAGUUCCUGCGGGGGAUGGUGAAGCCUGUGGCGGCGCUUGUGGUGGUGCUCAUGGCCGUGGUCCUCUCCUACUUGCAGAAGCUGGGCUUGGAGGGCGAGAUGAUUUACUCCAUUGGCAGGGCGUUUCUUCAGCUCUCCAUCAUUGGUUUCGUUCUCCAGUUCAUUUUCUCCCAGGGCAAUGCUCUCUCCAUCCUUCUUGCUUACCUUUUCAUGGUCUCUGUUGCUGGUUAUACAGCUGGUCAACGUGCUAAACACGUUCCCCAUGGGAAGUAUGUUGCUGGAGCUUCCAUCCUGGCUGGAACCUCAGUGACCAUGUUGAUGCUCAUUAUGCUGCACGUGUUCCCUUUCACUCCACGAUACAUAAUUCCUGUCGCAGGUUUGAUGGUCGGGAAUUCAAUGACAGUAACUGGGGUUACGAUGAAAAGAGUAAGAGAUGAUAUCAAGAUACAAAUGAACCUGGUGGAGACAGCAUUGGCCCUUGGAGCAACUCCGCGGCAGGCCACCCUCCAGCAGGUGAAAAAGGCUCUGGUUAUUGCGCUUUCCCCAAAACUGGACAAUGCCAAGACACUAGGCCUCAUCUCUCUUCCUGGUGCAAUGACUGGCCUUAUAAUGGGAGGAGCUUCCCCUCUCGAGGCCAUCCAACUGCAGAUCGUAGUGAUGAAUAUGCUCAUCGGGGCAUCAACUAUUAGCAGCAUCAUGUCGACGUACCUUUGUUGGCCAGCCUUCUUCACAAAGGCCUACCAGUUAGAAACCAAAGUGUUCUGUUUGGAUUGAAGUUUUGAUUCGUUAAUUGCUUCCUUAUGUGAUCGAAAGUAUCGCAUGAUAGCAUAGAGCACGGGCAAUAUAAAUCUUGAGGCCCGGCCGCCAUCUCAUGCAAACCAUAUGGAAUUGUAUAUUUUGCACUGAAUUACUCUGCUUUUGAAGUGAUGAAAUAUUCACCCUGAA